GUUUUUUAAACCAUCACCCUGGUUGUGUCCAGGUCAGUGUGUGGUGGAGUAACCGAUGGAGACCAACGUGGACGAAAUUGACGCGAAGGCCUCUGUAUUCAGCCAAGCAAACCCUCUUUAUGACAACACCAUGAAGCUCCACGAGGCCGACCGGUACGACAUCCAACACAGUGAGCUAAAUACCAGGAAACCAGCGAAAAAACGUUGCUAUAUUUCAGUUCUCGUACUGUGUUUGCUGCUGCUGAUUGGACUGAAUUUUUUGUUGGCAUAUAAAGUCAUUACUCUGGAGGCUUGGGUUCACCUUCACUGUGCAUCGUCUGAUGGCAAGACAGCAGAACUCAUGUCUGCUGGAAGAAUCAAUCUGGGCAGCUCCAGUUCAGAUCAGUGUCUCUCAGAUAUGUGUGGGAACAAUGGGACUCUAGAGAAUCUAAGGACUCAACUAAACCAGCUCAACAUUAGUGCACAAAGAGCCAUGGUUUGUCCGCCUGGUCCACCUGGCAAACCUGGUCCACCCGGUCCACCUGGCAUUCCUGGAUUUCACGGUCCUCCUGGAGUGCCAGGGUUGGUGGGACAGAAAGGACAGGCUGGCUCACCAGGUCAGGUAGGUAAGCCUGGAGCUCCAGGUGAUAAAGGACAGAAAGGAGACCAAGGACUAGCAGGUGAAAGGGGCCCGACUGGCAUGAUGGGUGCACCUGGCAUUCCUGGCUUGAAGGGGGAUACAGGACAGAGAGGAUUAACAGGUUUACCUGGGACUGAUGGUCGUCAAGGUGAAGAUGGAAAGCCUGGUAUCCAUGGAAUACCAGGUCUCUAUGGGCCACCAGGUCCUAAAGGAGACCCAGGUGCCAGAGGUGAGAGAGGAGAACGGGGGCCUUCAGGUCCUAGUGGACCUCCUGGUCUGGAGGGACCUCCUGGUCUCCAAGGACCACCUGGAGUAAAAGGUUCACCUGGACCAAAGGGAGACGCUGGUGUUGCCCUUCCAGGGCCACCAGGACAACAGGGACAAAAGGGAAGUCAAGGAUCUCCAGGUGUUCCUGGCCUUCAAGGUCCGAAUGGAGAAAAGGGCAGCAAAGGUGAUCAAGGCCUAAUAGGACUUCAAGGCCUGAAGGGAGAGAAGGGUGAUGCAGGAUCCUUGAGUAGAGACUCUGCUGUGGUUCGUUUAGUGGGAGGUUCCAGCCGCGGAAGAGUGGAGGUGCUUCAUGAGAACGACUGGGGAACGGUGUGUGAUGACAGCUUUGACACUGUGGACGGUACGGUGGUGUGCAAGAUGCUGGGUUUCCAGAGGGCCACUCAGGUGUUCACGGAAGGUGCAGGAUCUGGACGUAUCUGGCUGGACGAGGUGAGAUGUACCGGAAAUGAGAUGAGCAUUUUUGACUGUCCACACGGAGGAUUGGGAGUUCAUAACUGUAACCACAACGAAAAUGUGGGCGUUAGCUGUGUCUGAAUAAAAGGAAGAAAACUUCUCACACCAAAGACCUGUGUACAAUAUGAAUGUAUAAAGACCACAACAAACUCAUCCAUGUGUAUCCUAAAACUGUUCUAGCUGGUAACACUUGCUGACUAAAUAAACAGCUUAAUCACG